CUGCUCGGCGCGUCCAUCUAGGUCGAGCUUCGCGAUCUCCUACAACCGAUUUUAUUGCCGGCCAGAUUCCAGUCCCGUGUUUCUUGCCAUGAUGCUGUCUGACACUAGCGGCGUCCUUACCGGGCGUUUCUUAAAGCUGUCGACGCCGCUGCUCCCAAGCUGAUCAGCACUGUAUACUUCUACACCAGUUGAUACCCGCAAGCGCUUCUCUGCUGGUUGCCUCGUACCCUGCCUGCCCCCAUAUACACAUAUAAUUCCAAGUACAAUGGCGGUCGAAAACUACGACAUCGUCAUCGUCGGUGCUGGACCGGUCGGUCUCUGUCUCUCCACAUGUCUGUCAAGAUGGGGAUACAAGAUCAAGCACAUCGACAACCGACCUGAACCCACAGCGACUGGACGUGCAGAUGGUAUCCAACCCCGAUCGCUCGACCUUCUGCGCAACAUGGGUCUGAAGCGCAAGAUCAUGGCACACGAGCCUGCGAAGGUCUACGAAGUCGCUUUCUGGGAUCCAAGCUCGAAGGGUGGCAUCGUCCAGACCGGCACAUGGGCUAGCUGCCCGAAGUUCAUUGACGCAAGAUACCCGUUCACAACGCUCCUGCACCAGGGUCUCAUUGAGAGAGUGUUCAUUGAGGACAUUGAGAAGAACGGAAACACAGUUCAGAGGCCGUGGACGAUUACUGGUUUCAAAAACGACGGAAAGGAUGCCACAUACCCUGUCGAAGUCAAUCUUGCUCAUGUUGAUGGCACACAUUCUGAGACCGUACGAGCGAAGUACCUCUUCAGUGGAGAGGGCGCAAGGAGUUUUGUAAGGGAUCAGCUUGGUGUCAAGAUCAGGUACAAGGAUCCCAUUGCGCAUGUUUGGGGUGUCAUGGAUGGUGUUGUUAGGACGAACUUCCCUGACAUCAAGAUGAAAUGCACAAUCCAUUCUGACGCUGGAUCCAUCAUGAUCAUUCCUCGCGAGGACAACAUGGUCCGUCUCUACAUCCAGGUCGCCAGCUCCACAGACAAGGACUGGAACCCCCGCAAACAGGCGACUGCAGAGGAGGUGCAAGAGAAGGCGAAGGCAAUUCUGAAGCCCUACGAGAUUACAUGGGACCGCGUUGAGUGGUUUUCUGUCUACCCCAUCGGCCAGGGUAUCGCUGAGAAGUACACACUGGACGAGCGCGUCUUCAUGGGUGGAGACGCUUGCCAUACACAUUCGCCAAAGGCUGGUCAGGGUAUGAAUACAGCAUUCCUUGACGCUGUGAACCUCGCCUGGAAGAUUCACCACGUUGAGUCUGGAUGGGCGCCUCGCUCCAGCCUUUCCACCUACGAGUCUGAACGCCAGCUCAUCGCCGAAACACUGCUUGACUUCGACGCGCGGUACGCAAAGCUCUUCUCUGCACGCAUUCCCUCUGCUGGCGAAGUUGCCGGCGCAUCCUCCGGUGAGGGUGAGGAGAAUGAAUUCAUCAAGACAUUCAAAGCAAGCUGCGAGUUCACAUCAGGCUACGGCGUCGCAUACAACCCCAACUCCAUCAACUGGGGCCCCGAGCACCCCGCCCAGCAUCCUCUGAUCCUGCAAUACCAGAAGGGCACCGCACUCAGGACGGGACGCAUCCUCAUCCCGGCAACCGUGACACGCGUGGUAGACGCCAACGUCGUGGACCUCGAGCAAGAAAUCCCCCUGAACGGCUCCUACCGUGUCUUCGUCUUCGGCGGCGCCCUCAGCCAAACCGCCACCGCACUCAAAAAUCUUGCAUCCCACAUGUCCGCCCCCUCAUCCUUCUUCUCGAACUUCCUCUACAAAGACGUCGACACCUCAGACCGCUACCAUGAGAAGCACAACCCGCACACUUCCUUCCUCUCGCUCGCCAUUGUCCUCAAUGCGCCUCGCGCAAAGAUUCACAUCGAUGAGCAGCUGCCCAAGAUCCUUGCGCGCUACGCAGACCAUGUCUAUGCUGAUGAUGUGUGGGAUGUAAGAGUGCCGGAUGCGAAGGCCGCGGCGCACGCGAAGAUGGGGCUUGAUGAGAACAAGGGUGGUGUUGUGGUUGUUAGACCUGAUGGGUAUGUUGGUGUUGUUGUCAAGCUCGAAGAGGGUAGCGGGACAGCAGAUGCGUUGAAUAAGUACUUUGGGGCUGUCACAGGGAAGAAGCUUGGUGGUGAGAGGGCGAGCUUGUAAUGAGGUGGUUUGACCGGCUUUUUAUGUUCACGUUUGCAUAGCGUUCUUGUUGAAUUUAUACUUGUACAUACCACGAUCUCGAGAUGAGAGAAAAAC